AUGAGCGGCCGGACGUAUGCCGAUGAUUUAUUUCCACUGAAGACGGAUCAUCCCGAUGAGCACAUGUCAGUUAGCACAACCUCAACACCAAGUAGUCCGAACUCGGUGGACGCAGCGAAUUCAAGAAUCCACGUCGGAUGGAUGACGACUCCAAUGGAUGUGGUUGAGGAUUUGGAUCGAAACGUGGCACCGUAUUGCACAAAACUCGGGGAAUUCAAGUACAAUUUCGUGGUAUUUCCAGUCGGAGGAGUUGUCAGAGCCUAUUGGAAACCAGUUGAAGGCAACGAAAAACACCCUCCAGUGAUUGAUUUACCGGAUGUCCAGCUGGGGAAUAAUCUAUGGGAGUCGUAUGUCACUGGAAAAAUCUCUCCAUGGAUCGAUUGUGACUCACCGGACACUGAUUUCGCUGCACUUUCCGAAGAGCAUCUCAUCAAAGAGCUCAAUUAUAUCUGUUAUUUGGGUCUCCAGUCGAUGACUAUCGAGUUGAAACGUAUCUCAUCUCCGAAGACGGCGGCCAUCAUGAAUAAGUGGCUUUGGACGAAAAAUUCGAGAUUUAUUGUAUGGGUGCAGUUACCGUCAUCUGUUGAAAUUUGCGCCGACUACGACUAUUUCUCGUCGAGCCACGUGGAUUUAUGGACGAUUUGGGCGGAUUUCCGGAAGCAAUGCAACAAUUUCAGUGGUGUCUACCUCCAGGUUGUUCUCACGAUUUCGGCGGAUCUUCCCGACGAAUUUAUGGAGGAAAAACUGGUGAAUCGGUGGAAAGCGGAGCCAUUGGCUGCGUUUGUAGUGGAGACGUCGGCGUUUGGAACGGCGAGAAGCGGGGAGGCAGCGUUGCCGAACUCCCACAUCUCGUUGCUGAAAUAUCUCUGGACAUCCGACUCCCUUCGUCUCGUGCUUCGUGCCACCACCGACACUCACAAAUACAAUAUUCAAAUCAAGUCCGAGUACUCACUGGCUCUCCGUCAAGCCGUUCGUGAUGUUCACUAUAAGAGACAACAAGAAUUGGACGAGGGAUCGAAUGAUUCAUCGCAUUCUCUGAACGUCGGCGAGUAUAAAGAUGUCCUCCAGGCGCCACUUCAACCGUUGUCUGAAAAUUUGGAUUCAGGAGUUUAUAACACUUUCGAGCAGGACAAAAUGAAGUACGAUGUGUAUGAAGCGGCUGUCGUCGGGGCGUUGAAGGAUUUGGGAGCGGAUGGACGGAAAACGUGUGUUGUGUAUUUGUUGGGUGGUGGAAGAGGUCCUAUUGGAACCAAAAUUCUGCGUGCCGAAAAAGAGUACAAUACAACAUUCCGACAAGGAAAGGAUCCUCUGAAAGUGAAAUUAUAUAUUGUCGAGAAGAACACAAACGCGAUUGUCACUCUGAAAUUCAUGAAUUCUCGAUCAUGGAAACGAAGAGUGACAAUUGUCGAAAGCGAUAUGAGAAGUCUACCGGGAAUCGCUCGUGAUCGUGGAUUCGAGCAGCCCGACAUCAUCGUAUCGGAACUUCUCGGCAGUUUCGGAGACAAUGAAUUGAGUCCCGAAUGUCUCGAUGGGGUCACCGAUUUCUUGAAGCCGACGACGAUAUCGAUUCCUCAGAAGUAUACGAGUUAUGUGAAGCCGAUUAUGAGCACUCAUAUACAUCAAACGAUUAAGGCUCAAAGUAUUCCCUAUUUGAGUCGUGCUCUUCCGUGUCAUGGUCGAGGAGAACCGGAAUUGGAAGAGGAUGGAUCCUGGGUUCAGAAGUUUCCCCAAGGAAAUGUGGUCAGCAACAUGGAUCAAAUCUACGUCGUCUAUCUCUCGAAAUAUAUUCCACUCGCCGAAUCGACGAAGCCUGUCUUCAGUUUUGAGCAUCCCAACUUUUUGAAAAAGAGCAAUGAGCGAUCGGAGAUCAUCGAAUUCGUGAUGGAUAGGAAUGCUGAUUUAAUGGGAUUCGGUGGCUACUUCGACUUGCAACUCUACAAAACAGUGAUGCUCUCAAUCGAGCCAUCCACUCAAACGGCCGGAAUGCUCAGCUGGUUUCCAGCGGUCAUUCCGUUGAGAGAUCAGUUGAGAGUUGCCGAAGGAGACACGAUUCGACUCAAAAUUGACAGGAAAAUCGAUGAGGGAGGGGUGUGGUACGAGUGGCGGGUCGAGUUGAAGAAACCCAACGGAGAGGUCACAUCGACGCCGCUCCAGAAUUCGAACGGAGAAAGUUACUACAUGCGAAUGUGA